UGUCUUGACACAUCAUCCUAGGACCCACAUGUAAGUCUAAUAAACCAGGACAGCGACAGACACGGGGAACCCAGGCGCCUAGGAAGCAAGGUCGGGGAGUAUGGGAAGGUGGUCAUGGCUGUGCCCAACAGCUCCGGGAGCGAGGCAGCGGUUGCGUCUUGCUCCGGUUCACACCUCGCCGCUGCCAUCGUCGAUGAGUCGGGGCAGCGCUACAUCGACGCCAUCAGCUGUGUAUCCACCAAGGCCGUCGCGGUUAUGCGCCAGAAGGACAGUAUCCUAAUGGAAGGUCGUCUGCGCAUAACUCCGAGGCCUCCAAACAAGUCGCCGGUGUAGAAGGUUGCCUCUUAUGCACUGGCACUGCAGGUCUGCAGCCUCAUGUUACAUCUUAUCAGUACUGCCCCUUAUGCACCGUCGCAGCAGCUUCAAGUUCCUUCUUAUGUGUCACAGCAGCUGCCUAAUGUUCCUUCUUACACAUCGCAAAUGUCAUCAAACCCACUUUACCAAAGCUAUUGCAUACUUGCAUUGUUCAGUUUAACGCAGAUUACUCACAUAAACUGGACUAGGUGGGAGUAUCCAUUGAGGGACGUGUGAAGCAUUGUACUAGAAGUGUCCACUGCCCAUCAUUCAGCAUCCCCAAAAGGGCCUCAUUUGCUGCAGAUAAUUACAGAUUCUAUAUAGAUAUAGAGCCUCAACAAGUUCGAUACAUCAGUGCUGCUCCUUUCCUUUCCCAUAGCGCCAAUGCUUAAGUGGGUUGUGCUGAUAGGAAAAACACCAUGCAGAAUGCGGAGGCGAGGGACACAAUGAUUGCUGAACGCGCACACCUAGACAAUGAGGGCCCGGGGCACAGACACGGACACCGACCACUUGCUGCUCGUGCUCACGCAUUGAAGUUGUUGUACUUGACCAGAGAUAUAGGGUUGGAGCUGUGUGCGCAUCCUCCAUUUGGUCUUGAUGGGCGGCGCACGGUCAUGAGGGUGGUGACCUCAGAGUGCAGCAAUCUGGUGUGGCAACCACUUGGCAUGGCGAUGUCGUGUUGUGAUUCACAAAAUAGAAUCCAUGUUCUACAUGAACACUCAACAUCUAUCAAGUCUUUGGCUAUCCAUUCAACUAAGCCAUAUGUGUUGUCAGCAUCCCGUGAUGGUAAAAUUUUGCUGUGGGACUAUGGAAAGGAGUGGCAAUUGAUAAAAGCAUUUGAUGCCAAUAGUUGGCUUGAUAAAGGCGAUACUGUGGAGCAAGUUGCGUUUCACCCCAAGGACAACGAUUUGUUUGCCAGUGCCCAAGGCAAAACAGUAAAGUUUUGGAAUCUGCAUUCGGGUGAAUGUAAGCACAUACUGUCUGGCCAUUCAGAUUCAGUGGUGUGUUUGGAUUACUUCAGUCUGGGUCACAAGCUAUACUGGAUCACCGGUUCACAAGACAGAACUGCCAAGAUCUGGGACUUUGAGACACGGAGGUGUGUUCAUUCACUGAAAGGGCACAUGGAUGUUGUUAACAUUGUGUGUUGCCAUCCGGAUCUUCCAAUACUCAUUACUGCUUCAUGGGAUGGGUCAGUUCAUCUGUGGGACUCCACCACCUUCCGGUAA